AUGCAGUCUGCUAAUAUGUUUCUGAAAAAAAUCGUAAGAAGUUCUGUUCUUCCGUUUGCUACACAACAUGGGAUGAAAAAGGAUUUGUUUCCACUCAGCAGAACUCUGAGUUUGUCACUUUGCCUGAAGCAGGACAGUUCAUGCAGUCCCUCAGAAAAACUAGAUUUAGAUGCAUGGAAGAAGGUAAUGAAGUCUGGGUUGCAAGAAGAAGUCGGUGAGAAGGUCUCUGAGAGUAAGGAGCUUUCCACUUUAGCUGGUGCACGUGAGAUUUUGGAGAUGUGGAGACGAGCUGGCAGAUCAGUUCCAGAAAAUAUCAGUGAAGAACAGCUAAAAACCUUUAUGGAAUGUCCUUCCAAGUCAGCCAAAAAGAAGUAUUUAAAAUUCUUGCAUCUCAAAGAACUUUACAAGAAAAAUGACAAAAGAAAGAUGGAGGAGAAAAGGGAAAGGCUGGAAGCAAAAGAGCAAGCUCCGAAAACUGACGAGACCAGAAGGAAUUCAUUCAUAUGUGUGUGGUCCAGUGUUAUGGAUAGAGCAUACAAUUGGAGGGCUGCUCAGUCUAUGAUCUUUGGCCAACCUCUAGUGUUUGACAUGUCUUAUGAAAAAGAUAUGACUGUCCGAGAAGUGGCAAAUACAGUGAAACAGAUAGUUUUAAGUGAAGGCUGCAACCGAAGAUCUGUGGAUCCAUUCCAUGUCCACUUCUGUAAUUUCAAAGAUGACAGCCUCUAUCAUAAGGAAUUUAUCAAGCAUUACAGAGAUGCAUGGGGCAAAUUGCUUAUCACUGUGACAGAGCAGUGCUACACGGAAAUCUUCCCAAAGGAUAAGCUUAUCUAUCUGACUGCUGAUUCACCCAAGGUAUUGAAGACAUUUGAUCACAAUAAAAUCUAUAUUGUUGGGUCAAUGGUGGACAAGAACAUAAAAACAGGCGUCUCUUUAGCACGGGCAAAGCGAUUGGGGCUGGAGACCGCGGCCCUUCCGUUGGAGAAGUACUUGCUUUGGAAUAGCGGUGCCAAAAAUCUCACGCUGGAUCAAAUGAUGCAUAUUUUAUUAACCUUGAAAGAUACUGGAGACUGGAAGAAGGCUCUGGAAUUUGUUCCGAAAAGGAAAUAUCAUGCCUUUGUAAACAAGCCUGUAAAUGAACUGAAAAAAACCUUAAACCUGAUCAAUGCUCUUAAGCUUGGAAAGAGACAGGAAGAAGUACGAAAGCAAUUUGUCAAGAACUACUCCAAGAAGCUAUUGCAGAAGUAGAACGAUGGAAAAGAGAA